GUAAGUUGUAGUUCGUAGAGUUCGAAUAUAAAAAAGUAGUGAAGAUGAGUCGAAUCUUACGGUUACAGCUUUCUCAUCUGCCUAAUCCUUUCUCAAAACCUAAGUUUCAGGUGCCUUUGACAUCGCUGUUUCACGGCUUACUCGGACGUCAUCAUGGACGUUCCAGUUUCCGAAUAUUUGAGAUACUUCAGGACAAUGUGGGAGUGUCACCAACUAGAAACCCAGUUUCUGGAUUUAGAACCUUUUGCACUAGUAAAGGAGAUCUAUCAGCAAAGAAGUGUGUGCCCUGCAACUUGAAGGAGUUGCGGCCCAUGACCAAAGAAGCCGCUAACAUUUUAAUCACAAAGGUGGAUGGAUGGAAUUUGGUCAACGAAGGUGGCGUACUAAAACUGAAGCGGUCAUGGACAUUGAAGAGUUUCGUUAAAGGAUUGGAAUUUUUCAAGCUUGUAGCCGAAGUUGCGGAAGCUGAAGGUCAUCAUCCUGACCUUCACCUUGUUGAAUGGAACAAUGUAACAAUUGAGAUCUGGACACAUGCAGUUGGUGGGUUAACUGAGAAUGACUUCAUACUUGCUGCUAAGAUAAACAAUAUUCAGUUUCAGCAUCUACUGAGACGGAAAGUUGGUGGUAGUUGAACUGUCGGAUUUCUAUGAAUUGCCUGGAAAUAAUAUGGUUUUGUAUUUUAUUUUUUUUUGUAUUUUUUUUUUUUAUUUUGGCCCUUUCCCUUUUUUAAGUGGUAUGGUUGUGUCAUGUCAUAUUUGGUGCUUUUGGCUGAAAUGGAUAGAGCGUUCAAGGGGUUGUUUUUUGGAUAUGAAGAUAUUUGAUACGAAAAAUGUUUUGACUUUGUUGUUUUUAGUGAUAGAGAAAUGAUGAACUCCAUGUAUGGACGUUUUUAGUUGGUGAGAUGACAUGAUUUUAAUUUGUUGAUUGAAAAAAUAACUAUUACUACAACUUAAAUAAAAUUAAACGAAGAUGAAUUUUUAAAAGAUAAAUAUAAUUAAAUAUAAACUAAUAAAAUAUUAACAUCUUAUUAUUAAAUAAACAUCUUGGUAUACUUUUGGACACUAUCAUUAUUCUUUAUGCUAAAAACUAGCAUUCCUUCCAACAAAAAACAAAACACUAGCAUACUCCGACUUUAAUUUUCUUAUACCAAAGUAAAAGUACGAUGAAAAAUAUGCAAAUACAAAUUUACCAGACUUAAGUUUUGCUCUUUAUAUUUUUAUUUUAUUUUUGUAUUUUUUGGCUUAAGUAUUUCCAUUUUCCUUACCUGUAAUAAAAUGUAAAAAUAUGAAAUUUAAGCGUUCGUUCUAUCAUAUCAGUAAUGGAAUUAAAUUUGCUGUCAGUUGCAUUGAAUUAUAACAAAAAUAUCAAUACAAAUCAUAGAAAAUCUAGAAGAGUAAAAGGACUGCCUUAUGUCUAAGUAUCAACAGGAAUACGACAUAUGAAUGCUUGAUUAUGUAAAAGCGAGAAACCUGGUGGAAAGAGGAGAGGAAAAGUUCUUUCUCUGAACCAUUUCCGUCCUUCUUUGCUUUUUUAGUUACCAGGAUAUGAACAUGGACAGAAUCAUAAAAUCUCCCUUGUGCAUAUUUAUUUCUAAAAAGAAUUAAAACGAAUAACUUUAUCUUACAAGAAGUCAAGCUCUGCCGUCACCUCCACCAUGCUUUUCACCCCCAAAGCUUUCGGUAGAUUUACAAACUCACCUUCAUUCCCUAUGCUUUCUAACAUUAUAUUCCACAAUUGUCUACAUAAGGUAUAAUCCACUUCUGUGGAAAUAAAUAGGUAGCUUCAAUACUUGAUUUGGAGGGGCAAUUUUCAUCUUCAUCACAGCUUAUAUCGCUUUUAUAAUUGUCUAAACAGUGCCCUGCCCU